ACUCUUUUCAUUCUCAGUCGUUCUUUGAACAAUCAAAAAUCAAGUCGCUUCUACAAGAACCAACACACACACAACCAAAAAAAAGAUGACGCUCUCCAAGGUCGGCCUGGUGGGCCUCGCUGUCAUGGGCCAAAACCUCGCCCUCAACGUCGCCUCCAAGGGUUUCCAAAUCUCGGUCUUCAACCGCUCGUACGAGAAGACCCAGGACACUGAGCGCCGCGCCAAGGAGGAGGGCAACCUGCCCCUCGUCGGCUUCAAGGAGAUGAAGGACUUUGUCGCUUCGCUCGAGAAGCCCCGCCGCGUCAUCAUCCUCGUCCAGGCUGGCAAGCCGGUCGACGAGACCAUUGCCAAGCUGUCCGAGCACUUGGAGGCUGGCGAUUUGAUUGUCGAUGGCGGCAACGAGUGGUACGAAAACACCGAGCGUCGCGCCCAGGAGGUUGCUGCCAAGGGCCUGCUCUACAUGGGCAUGGGCGUGUCUGGCGGCGAGUCUGGCGCCCGCAACGGCCCAUCCCUCAUGCCCGGCGGCCCCAAGGCCGGCUACGACCUGAUGGAGCCCAUCAUCACCAAGAUUGCCGCCCAGGUCGACGGCCCGUGCGUCACCCACAUUGGCCCUGGCGGCGCCGGCAACUAUGUCAAGAUGAUUCACAACGGCAUCGAGUACGGCGACAUGCAGCUGAUUGCCGAGGCGUACGACAUUCUCCGCACGGUCGGCGGCUUCUCGAACGCCGAGCUCAAGGCCCUCUUUGAGGAGUGGAACCGCGGCGAGCUCGAGUCCUUCUUGAUUGAGAUCACCGCUCAGAUCUUUGGCGUCAAGGACCCCCACGGCGAGGGCGAGCUCGUCGACAAGAUUCUCGACAAGACCGGCAUGAAGGGCACUGGCAAGUGGACUGUCCAGACGGCUGCCGAGAUUAGCGUGCCCGUCCCCACCAUCUCUGCCGCGCUCGACUCGCGUCUCAUCUCGGGCCUCAAGGAGCACCGUGUCCAGGCCGCCAAGCUGUUCUCGCACCAGGCUCCCGCCGACCGUCUCGGCGGCCUCUCCAAGAAGGACUUGGCCGACCACGUUCGUCGCGCCCUGUACGCCUCCAAGAUUUGCAGCUACGCCCAAGGCCUGAACAUUAUCCGCACGAUGGGCGAGCAAAAGAACUGGAACCUCCAGCUCGGCUCGAUUGCGCGCAUCUGGAAGGGCGGCUGCAUCAUCCGCGCCGUCUUCCUCGACCGCAUCAAGAAGGCCUUCGACCGCGACGCCCUGUUGCCAUCGCUCCUCUUCGACCCCGAGUUUGCCAACGAGCUCCAGACCCGCCAGGCUUCGUGGCGCAAGGUUGUCUCGCUCGCCAUCGAGAACGGCAUUGCCGUGCCGGCCUUCUCUGGCUCCCUCGCCUACUUUGACGCCUACCGCCGCGAGCGCUCCUCUGCCAACCUCGUCCAGGCCCAGCGCGACUUUUUCGGCGCACACACCUUUGAGCGCACCGACAAGCCCGGCUCGUUCCACCAAGAGUGGGCCAACUAAAAAGGGUUUUUUGGUUUGUUUUGUCGUGUUCCAAAUCUUUUUGUUGCGCAACGAAUUUUUACCAAAGUCAAAAUAGUAGUAGUAGUUGUUGUUUUCACGUAUCGCGUGUUUCUGUCCAUGCAUUGUGUGUGAUGUGCCAGUCCA